AUGGUCAAACACGCAAGGCAAUUCUAUGAACUGCGUACACAUAGCCCACCUGCUUUGUGUAUUUCACAAAUGUUUACCCUCAGAAUUCCAAAAAACCCCAACCCCUUCUCUCUCCUCUGUCUUCCCCCGACCAAAACCCCUCUAAAUUUCCACUCUCACCACCUAUCCACCACUCCACUACCGCCGCAAGACGGCGACCCCAUUAACAUCGCCACCCUCAUUCUCAAAACAGACCCAAAAACUCUAGCACAGGCUCUCCAAACGCACCCAGUUCAAUGGACACCAUACCUUGUCGAGAAAGUCCUCAAACGCCUCUGGAACCACGGCCCCAAAGCCCUCCAAUUCUUCAACGUCCUCGAACGGCACCACACCUAUACCCACUCCGCCACCGCCUUCGACUACGCCAUCGACAUUGCCGCUCGAAUGCGUGACUACAAAGCCCUCUGGGCUCUCGUGGCCAGGAUGAAAACUCGCCGGCUCGGUCCGACCCCCAAGACCUUCGCAAUUAUCACUGAGAGGUAUGUGUUGGCAGGCAAACCUGAUAAAGCUUUGAAAAUUUUCUUGUCAAUGCAUGAACAUGGUUGUUCUCAUGAUUUGAAUUCGUUCAAUGCGUUCCUUGAUGUGCUUUGCAAAUCCAAACGGGCCGAAAAGGCUUAUGAGCUGUUGAAAAUCUUUAGGGGUAGGUUUAGAGCUGAUACUAUUAGCUACAAUAUAAUUGCAUAUGGGUUUUGUUUAAGCAAGCGAACGCCCAAAGCAUUGGAGGUUUUGAAGGAGAUGGUUGAGAGAGGAUUGAAUCCGACUCUAACGACCUAUAACAUAAUACUAAAAGGGUUUUUCAGAGCUGGUCAGAUUAAGGAGGCUUGGGAUUUUUUCUUGCAAAUGAAGAAGAGAAAAUGUGAAAUUGACGUUGUUACAUGUACCACUGUGGUUCAUGGAUUUGGUGUUGUCGGUGAGGUUGAAAAAGCUAGAAAAGUUUUUGAUGAGAUGGUAGGGGCGGGGGUGCUCCCCUCGGUUGCCACUUACAAUGCUUUGAUUGCAGUUUUGUGUAAGAAAGAUAGUGUGGAAAAUGCUAUAUUGGUUCUUGAAGAGAUGUUGAGGAAGGGUUAUGUACCCAAUUUGACGACUUAUAAUGUGGUGAUUAGAGGAUUAUGUCAUGCAGGGAAGAUGGAUAGGGCAAUGGAGUAUGUGAGUAGAAUGAAAGAUGAUGAGUGUGAGCCGAAUGUUCAGACUUACAAUGUUGUCAUUCGCUAUUACUGUGAUGAUGGGGAAAUUGAGAAGGGUUUGGAAGUGUUUGGGAGGAUGGGUAGCGGGGAUUGCUUGCCCAAUUUGGAUACGUACAAUAUAUUGAUCAAUGCAAUGUUUGUGAGGAAGAAAUCGGAGGAUUUAUCAGUGGCAGGGAAGCUGCUGAUUGAAAUGGUUGAUAGAGGAUUCCUGCCUCGAAAGUUUACCUUCAAUCGUGUAUUGAAUGGGCUGUUACUGACUGGUAAUCAAGGUUUUGCAAAAGAAAUUUUGAGACGGCAGAGCAGAUUUGGGCGUCUUCCCCAUCAUUUCAGACUGGUAGGGGGAAAGAGUGAACAAACACUCGAGCAGCCUCAGCUAAAGGUGAUGGUGCAGCGAUUCACUCGAAGAGUAGCAGCAGGGGAGUGGAAAGGGAUAUCUCAGAAAUGCAUAGUUCUCAAACUUCGUUUAGCAGCCACAGUUUACAUGCUGUGUAGUGCGAUGAAUGAUACAGAAGAGAAGCAGGUUGAUGACAGUCAAGAUUACAAGUCUGCAACUCAGGAAAAUCAGAUUCUGAAUCUCAGCUUAUUAUAA